CUGGCGGCUCCAGCUCUCCACAGGAGUCAAGAGGCUCCACAAAGCGGUUCGGGACGACUCCGGGACGCCUCGCCAUGACAGAACGCCAAGUCCCCUUCACCUUCCUGCGCAGCCCCAGCUGGGACCCCUUCCGGGACUGGUACCGGGGCAGCCGCCUCUUUGACCAGUCCUUUGGGAUGCCCCUCAUCCCUGAGGACUGGUACAAGUGGCCUGUGGGGACCACCAGCUGGCCGGGCUACAUCCGCCCUCUGGCCAGCCCUAGCCCAGAGCCAGUGGCCGCCAGCCCAGCCGCCGCCGCUGCCGCUGCCAGCCCAGCCGCCAACCCAGCAUACAGCAGAGCACUGAGCCGCCAGCUCAGCAGCGGCAUCUCAGAGAUCCGGCAGACUUCCGAGAGCUGGAAAGUGGCCUUGGACGUCAACCAUUUUGCGCCCGAGGAGCUGGUGGUGAAAACAAAAGACGGCGUUGUGGAGAUCACAGGUAAGUGCCAUCCCUUGAGAGGCUGGGAGGGGGACUUCAGGCCUGGAGGCCAAGUAUGGCCUAGAGGCAACCCUCAGUUGGGCUCCCAAAUGGCUCUCCCCAAGGCACACACCCUCCCGUCCCUCCUGUGGUGUAGUGGUUAGAGUGUCAGACCAGGACCUGGGUUCGAAUCCCCACUCAGCCAUGAAGCUCACUAGGUGACCUUGGGGGGAAGUCACGCAAUCUCACCCUAACCAACCUCGCAGGGUUGUUGUUUGUAUUAAAUGGGGGGCAGCGAGAACCCUGUAUGCCACCUGGAGCUCCUCGGAGGAAAAGGUGGUCUAUUAAUGCAAUCAUUAAUCCAUUGAUUGAUGGCAGACUUGCUCAAUGGAUGAACAGAUUUGCUGCAUUUUUCUCCAAAGAGAUCAUGGUAGCAAACUUGGUUCUCCCUCGUCUCAGUUAAUUCCGCAAUGCCGCUUUGAGGUAGCUUAGGCUGAGGGGGCCCCAAGGUCAUCCAAUAAGCUUCUUCAGGACUGGGGUGGGGUGGGGAUUUCAGCCCUGGCCUCUCCCAGGUUCUAGCUAGACUGACACUCUAACCACUAGGCCACGCUGGCUCUCUGCACUCUGAAGUAUUUUUGCCUGGCUGGAUUGUGUCCUUGAGCUCUGAUAAGGCCGUUGUGCCCUUUGCCUCAGGUGACAAAAUGUAUUGGAGCUGCCCAGGCAUUGUGUGUGUGUGUGUGUGUGUGUGUGUGUGUGUGUGAUGAAUGGACCAAAAGAAAGUUGUAGCAGCCUGAAAAUAAGAUAAGGCACCUUCUCUGCUUUCGGAAAUAAGGGCAGGUGAUGUGGAACUCAAAAAUCUGCUGAGACUCCAAUGCUGAAAAAUGUGGAAUCUUCCCAAGCCUCUAGGAGACUAGAUCAUGGCACUCGUAGAACCACAAAACUGAAGAGUUGGAAGGGAUCCAAAGGGUCAUCUAACACCCCCUCCCCCAAAAAAGCAGGAUUCACAGCUAAAGAAUAGUAAUCCAGGUGGGGUCUGACAAAGGCAGAAUAGAGCGGGACUAUGACUUCCCUUGAUCUGGACACUACACCUCUGUGGAUACAGCCUGGAAUAGAAUUAGGUUCUUUUGCUGCUGCAUCACACGGUUGGCUGAUGGUCCACUAAGACCCCUAGAUCCUUUUCGCCUGUACUGUUGCCAAGCCAGGUGUCCCCUAUCUUCUGCUUGUGCAGCUGGUUCUUCCUGCCUUUUGUCUCAACUCUACUCAGGUGGCAGGUGGAGGGCUUGAAUCUCCAGGUAGGCAAGGGGGUAUUUAAUAAUAAAACACUUAUUGAGGAAGCCAUGUACACAGCUGCUGCCAGUCAGUGCAGGACACUACAGUGGUACCUUGGUUUGUGAAUGGCUUAGCUGUCAAACAAAUUGGCUCCCAAACACCGCAAACCAGGGAGUAAGUAUUCCAGUUUGCGAACGGUUUUUGGAAGCCAAACAUCUGACACGGCUUCCGCUUGAGUGCAGGAAGCUCCUGCAGCCAAUCAGAACCCACACCUUGGUUUUCGAGAACCAAGGUACCACUGUACUAAGAUGAACCAAUGGUCUGACUUGGGAGAAGUCAGAUCACUAUGUUCCUAUGGCACUGCAAAUUCAUGUUUUGCAGGACCCUAACCCUCUUCCUAGGGACGCGGGUGGCACUGUGGGUUAAACCACAGGGCCCAGGACUUGCCGAUCAGAAGGUCGGCGGUUCGAAUCCCCGCAACAGGGUGAGCUCCCAUUGCUCGGUCCCAGCUCCUGCCAACCUAGCAGUUUGAAAGCACGUCAAAGUGCAAGUAGAUAAAUAGGUACUGCUCCGGCGGGAAGGUAAACGGCGUUUCCAUGCUCUGGUUCGCCAGAAGCGGCUUAGUCAUGCUGGCCACAUGACCCGGAAGCUCUACGCCGGCUCCCUCGGCCAAUAAAGCGAGAUGAGUGCCGCAACCCCAGAGUCGGACACGACUGGACCUAAUGGUCAGGGGUCCCUUUACCUUUACCUUUAACCCUCUUCCUGCUAGUGCCAUCUGUCCUAACUGUUUUUAAUUCUGAAUUCUAAAUCGUUGUAGUGUGUCCAGAGACCUGCUGGUGAAGGACGGGUAAUUAGAAUUGUAGAAUCAUAGAACUGUAGAGUUGGAAGGGACUAUGGGGGUCAUCUAGUCCAACCCCUGCAAUGCAGGAAUCUUUUGCCCAAGGUGGGACUCGAACCCACAACCCUGAGAUCAAGAGCCUCAUGCUCUACCGACUGAGAUACUAAGUACUACUAAUAAUAUAAUUUGCUGGUUUUCUUUUUCUCUCCCUGUUGGGGGUGGGGAGAUCAUCCCUCCUGCCUCUUUUUCAGCCCAACGGUGGAGGGAAAAAGCUAAUGAGAUAAAGCCACAUUAGUCAGUUACAGAAAAUUGGGAGGGAGAGAAGGACUGGUCUUGUGACACCUUAAAAGCCAUUGGGUUUAUUGUGGCAAAUGCUUUUGUUUUUUUGAGCCGCAUCAGGGUGAUGAGUGCUCUGAGUCGGAUCUCCCCACUUUUUCCCUCGGUGAGGCUCCUCCAAUCAGAGGAGCCGGAAAGAACAAAGAUGGGUGUGGCCCAAGAAGGCAGACAAAGGAGCACAGAGCUUGGGAGGUCCCUCCCCCCUUUUUCUCCCCCCCUCCCAGCCAGCUGGGUUGCAGCUGCCACAUUACACCCCUGAUUAAAAUCAAUGAGAUUGAUCAGGUGCCAAGUUUGCGCCUUAGCGAAAAGUGGGCAGAGGAGGAGCGGGGAGGAAGCCUGGAAUCACAGCCUUUCCCCCCACCCCACCCCAGAAACACCCUUUCUUUUUCUUUCUUUCUUUCUUUCUUUUUUAAUAUUCAGAAAUAUGAACAGUUUAUUUUGAGACAACAAGAAACCUAUUUGGCAAAACAUUAAUAAUUAGGUGGAAAUGAGGGAAUAAUACUAUAUUGGACAUUUUGGCUAUUACUAAAACGACCAUUCUCCCCAAAUUAACAGAUUCCCCCUUGCUGCUACAUGCAAGACACCCUUUCUGGGAAGCAUUAUUCCCUGUCCUUGCCUACCCCCUCAGCCGCUGGGUGCCUCUGACCCCCUCCCCAAAAUCUCUGCCAGGCCAUUCUGAAUUAUUCAUGCUUUCGCUCAGUCCCCACCCUCUCGGGAAUUGGGAUGGGAUAAAUGUGGCUCCCCCCACCCAUAGCUGUCAACUUUUCCUUUUCUUGCGAGGAAUCCUAUUCGGAAUAAGGGAAUUUCCCUUUUAAAAAAGGGAAAAGUUGACAGCUAAGCCCCCACCCCACUUCUUAUACUCUGGUGAUACCGCAGCCGGCACCCAUCGUUGUGGGGUCCCACCCCACCACCCAAAUCUCAGUUCGUCGCCCUCUGAAAUAUUAAUGGAUGUUUGCGGUCCAUGGCUUAACAUGUGGCCAUGGCAACCAGCGCAGCAGCAGGCAAGGGUAGGGAGGCAAGAACACAAGGAAGAGGGAAUGGUUUGGUGUUGCAGUCAAUUCUCGGAAAAUACGGCAGCAGUGAAGGUUGGUUGGUUGGUUGGUUUCUUCGCAGCUUGAUACCAGGCACAGGGUUCUCAGGGUGGCUUAUGAAAAUCAGCACUGAAACGGCCCCUGCUAGGCUGACCGUUUUAAAAAAAGACACAGCACACGAGGAAAAGAGAGGAGGAGGGAGGAGGAGGGAAGCAAACUCAACGUUACAGCUGUUCAUGCCGUCCAGCCUAGAAGGCUCCCUCCCUUCUGGUGCCGACCGAAGGGCAAGAGGCAUGCUGAUGCUCAGGGUGACCAGUGAUUUCCCUGCAGAUAUUCAUAGAAUCAUAGAACUGUAAAUGAUCCCUGAGGAACAUCUAGUCCAACUCCCCCCGCAAUGCAGGAAUAUGCAGCUGUCCCAGCCAGAGAUUAAACCUGCAGCCUUGGCAUUAUCAGCACCACGCUCUAACCAAUUCAUCCAUGUUAAGCAUUAAAUAUCUAUUCUUUUUAAACAUAUGUGCCCCCCCCAUCUUUUUAAAAAAGGGAAGGUGGUUUAUGCCAAGUCUGAAACUUCACCCAUUCAGUAGCAGGGAUGAGAGGCAGAAUUUGUUUAAAGGCCUACAAAGGUAAUUCGCACUUUUUGAAGCAAUCCACAAACCAUAUCAGGCCACCUUUUCAAAUCUGAACGUCUCCAGAUAUUUCAACGUAGUUCUCCAGCAAAGUUAUGUUUGCAGAAAUGCAUAUGAUUUUGGAAGAGUGGGUGUUACUAGGGUAAAGAAAUGCAUAUACUUGGGCUAAACAUACCUAAAAAUGCAUAUAUUCAGUGGGUGGGUGGGAACCAUAGCGAACAGCAUUCUGUUAGGGAAGAUUACUUUGCAGGAAUAUGUAUAUUAGAAAAAGUUUCAUCAAUAAAUCACUUAUUAUGCUGUAACAAACCCAUUAAGAUAGAAGAGAGAGUGAAAAAUAACAACACUCAAGGCAGCAUUCAUGUAUUUUUAAUACCAUAUGAUGCACAGAGUAAAACACACACAUAUUUGAAACAGAAUGUGCUACAAGGAGAAAACCUGAGAUACAAAUAGCAGUAAAAAUGAGAGUACCAUCUUGCAAGGCCUUUGAAGAGAGAGGCGGAACUUGGUUAUUAAAUAAUUUGUAUCAGCCAAGAAAUAUUCCAAAUACCAACACCAAGUUUCUUCCCUCAUACAAUAAAGGAGGAAAAAUCCCAUAGGUUUAUGUAUAUUAAGAGAAAUUAACAUUAAAAUGCUGAUGAAUUUCAAUAAGGAGGUUUUUAAAAUAAUAAUAAUAAUAAUAAUAAUAAUAAUAAUAAUAAUAAUAAUUUAAGAUUGGAAAAAUGAGAACCUGAAACUGACAUAGGCCUUUGGAUAAUUAAACAAUCUGUGGCCUUUUGGACUGUCUGUGUGUGUUAGUGUUUUUGCUUGUUAUUAUGGUAUGUAUUCUUGUGUGUUCACUUUGCAAAUUGCACAUUGCAAAUCUAGAAUUUAAUAAUAAUAAUAAUAAUAAUAAUAAUAAUAAUAAUCACGCAUCCUCAGGUAAGCGUGCAUGCAGUCAAAUGCCACAAGCUUUCCUUCCCUCUCCGCAUGGCAUUCUUGCCUGAUGUUUCUGAGCAACCCAAUAUGGUGGCGCCAUGUGCCUGCCUGACAGCGGUGGCUGCUUUUGCCAGAGGAAAUGGCCCUGCUGCUCCCCUCACAUCCUGCCCAUCCCUGCCUCUUGGAUUCUGCUUUGGCGAGGGUGCAUGUGGCUUAAAACCCUGCAGGGGUGAGAUAAUGGCAGGGAUGGGGGGUGGGAUGCAUUUUCUCAUCUGCCUCAGGUGGCAAAAUAUCUUGGGCCAGACCUGUGAGAGAGACAUGAUUAGAGUAGGGGUCGGAGAGACCUGGUUGGGUGCCUGGGGGGAGAGUUAAAUGAAUGUAUUGGGGGAUUUCCCCAUCUCUUAAGGCAGCAUUGAUGUCCCCAUGACAGUGUCGUGUGUUUUUUCAGGCAAGCAUGAAGAAAGGCAGGACGAUCAUGGGUUCAUCUCCAGAUGUUUCACAAGAAAAUACACGUAAGUAGCUGAACCAGUUGGCUGGGGAGAGAAGCGAAGCUUUUCAGGGUCUGAGGACAAGGAAGGCAGAUCUGCUGCCCCACCAACCUCAAUCUUGAUUUUUUCCAAGCCUUUCUGCCAUCUGUCUCUCAUUGCCUUGCAAAGGAAUUUGUCCGACCAGCUCAGCAGCCUCUUCUGCUGGAUUCUAAUCCUCAUUGGGCACAGGGUCAGAAGCCUGGAAGAGACCCCCUGAUAUCAUCCAGACUGACCCCCUCGAACCCAUAAUAAUGUACUGCUUUCCACUCUCACGCUUCUCUGUUCCCUUCUACAGGCUGCCCCCUGGUAUCGACCCUGCUGCUGUCCGCUCCUCCCUUUCCCCCGAUGGCAUGUUGACGAUAGAGGCUCCUUUGCCCAAGCCGGCCAUUCAGUCUGCCGAAAUCCAGAUCCCUGUCACCUUCGAGGCGCAUGCCCAAAUCACCCCGUCAGGAGCCAAGAAACCGGAAGAGGCUCCCAAGGUGUAAAUGACGGGUGGGAGUUUACCACUCGGGUUUCGAAAACAGGCAGACCCUCCUGUAUCCCCUUUUUUUUGUAAAGACAGAGACCUCUGCAACAGCGCCACAAAUAAAGUUGUGUUUUUUUAAAUCCCCAUG